CAUUAUUAUUCCUUUGCAGGAAAAAAGGUUGAAGUCGAAACUUAAGGUCAUCUGCUCACUUAAUUAACAUUGAAGACUUUGUACGAAGUUUCUAUAAUUUCUGCUGUCUCCUCUCCAUUUUUCUUCUGUAUAUGCUGAAAAGUUUUCACCAUUUGGCACGCAGCAUCGUCACUUUCCUCGCUCUCACUGAAAAUCCUAAUCAAAUGCAGAAUUUUCCCAUCAAACUCUUGCUUCUCGCUUCGAUUCAGUUUCUUAACUAUCAAUUGAGUGACUAUUUGCCCUAAUUUUGGAGCAGCAUAGCUUCAGUUAGUCAUGUUGAAUUGAUCGGGUCGGUGAGGAGAUCGAAAAGGUUAGUUUUAUUGGAUGAAAUCAAGAAGAAAAUCUAUGAGAUAAUAAUUAAGUAGCAUGAUGAUAGAAAGUUCAAGUAAAGUUCAUGGAGCCAAUAACCAACAAGAGGGUGAUGAUAACAACAUUAAAAUUGAGAAGCUCUCAAAGGCACCCUCCACUUCCUCCUCAUCAAGAUCAUGGUCAGCAUUCAGAAAUCCAAGAAUUGUGAGAGUGUCACGUUCCUUGGGAGGAAAAGAUAGGCACAGCAAGGUUUGCACCAUUAGGGGACUGAGGGACAGAAGGAUUAGACUUUCUGUUCCCACAGCAAUUGAGUUAUAUGAUCUUCAAGAAAAGCUUGGACUCAACCAACCUAGCAAGGUGGUAGAUUGGUUGCUUGAAACCACCAAAUCUGAUAUUGAUAAGCUUCCACCACUUCAAUUUCCUCACUGUUUUGCUCAUCAUCACCAACAAACCCUACUGCCAGGUACCUCUCAGUUUUCUCUUGGAGGCUUCUAUGAUGCUGCUGCUAAUGGGGGAAAUGAAAACCACCUCAUGGCAACAAAGUCAACUAGGUAUUGGGAUAUAGAUUCACAUUCACUAAAUAAUGGUAAGGAUCUAGUUGAAAGUGUGUCAAACUCCCUAAAAGGAAAGAGCUGGAUCAAAACAAAUGAACAAGAAAAUCAUCAAGAUGGAGGAAUUGGUGGUAGUAGUAGCACUCAUAACAAUAGAGAGGAAUAUUCUUCAGCUCAUUAUAAGCUCUUCCCUAUUGGGACAACUACUAAUAACUCUUAUUUACCUGGUUUGUUAAACAAUGGCAUGACACAUAACUCAUCCAACCACCAUUCUGAGCCUUCAAGUCUAUCUUUAUCCCACUUUGGAAGCCAUGGAUUGUUUCCUUCAUCACAUAAUGCCCAUCCAAGCAGUUGCAGUGGUGUGCCAUUUUCAUCUUGUAAUUUUUCUGCAGCAUCAUCUGGUCCCCAAUUGCUUUUCUGUCCACCUACUUCUGCUACACCAGCAUCUGCUUUUUACUCAGUGGAAAGUGAUCCAAGACAAUCCAACAACAAUGUUCAGAUCUUUAGCUCAAGUUCCCAAGUCAUGAUGCCUCAUCCUCUCAUCCAAUCUCUUCAUUCAACCAAUUCAACUCUUAAUCGACGCAUUCCAACAUCAUUUAGUUCCAAACUUCUUGAUUCAGAUAACAACAAUGAUCGUAGCCAACCAAAUAAGGGUAGUAGUACUACUCGUUCUUGAAGCUCCUCAUCGUGGUUCCUUCCUGAUGCAAACGAUGUGAAUAACUCUUAAUCCUGGACAUUCUUUUCAUCAAUUAUUCAAGAGGCUAAAGCACAUGAUUUAAAUUUUCUCACUCAGCCGUGAAUGUGAGUUUUGUAGGUAUGGCAAUGCUAUACAUAUACAAUAUUUAUAUUUGAACUUUUAAGUAAUCGCUGUGGUUGCAGCUAUUAAUUAUUAGCUAGAUGUCUUGUUGAUUAAUCGUCCGAGGUAUAAUAUAAAAUAAUCUGGAAUAGUGUUCAUGUGCUCA